CUGCUCCCUAGCCUCACACUACCAAAUCUAUGACUACUGCCAACCAACAACUAUGUCCGUCUAUCUACCUCCUCGAGGCUCCUCCUAUACACUAAAAAGAAAAUCCCCAACAGCCUCACCCCCAAACAACAGCAAAAAAAAAGAACUCGACGUGGGCCAGAUUCGAACUGACGCUCCCGAAGGAACAAGAUUUCUAGUCUUGCGCGAUAACCACUCCGCCACCACGCCUCGAUAUCACUACCAACCAACCCGUCUUGCACCCAUUUCGCUCAGAUGUUCAAAGUCAACUCAAAACUCGAUUUGACUCAGCCGAGGUUUGAACUCGGGACCUUCAGUGCACUCUAACAGUGAUUUGUUAGACUGACGUGAUAACCAACUACACCACCGAGCCGGUGAGAGUCGAGAUAUGACAUGAUAUCUGAGGGUGCUGAUGGGUGGGAUUGUAGUGCACGUGAUGGAUUUUGAAUUUGUUGUUGUCUUAUACUCAGUAAAAGGGAUUCUUGUGAGUGA